CCAACCCACCCACUCACCCACCGACCGGCCGGCCGGGAUCCUCGGGAGGAUCCAGCCCCGCAGUGCAACGCGGGAGGACAGACGGACAAACCGCAACACCCCCUCUCCUUCCUUCUUCCUUCCUUCACCUCCCUCUCCCCCCUCCUCCUCCCACCAUCCAUCUAUCUAUCCAUCAUCCCCCCCGCCAACCCCUCCCAAUGCUGAAGAGUUUCAACCCGGCGGGGCUGGAGUGAAGAAGGGAAGGGCGGAAGGGAGGAGAGGAGAACAGCGGAGCGGAGCUUCGCCCAAUUCACAGCUGCUCCAGGGAGGGGGGAGCGGCCUCGCUAUUAUUUAACAGAGAAGAAAAAAAUACUAAAGGAAAAAAAAAAAGAAGAGACGGGAAAAUGGCGAACGAUUCUCCUGCAAAAAGUCUGGUGGAUAUCGACCUUUCCUCCCUGCGGGACCCCGCUGGGAUUUUUGAGCUCGUGGAAGUGGUUGGCAAUGGCACGUACGGGCAAGUUUACAAGGGUCGACAUGUCAAAACGGGUCAGCUGGCGGCCAUCAAAGUCAUGGACGUUACAGAGGAUGAAGAAGAAGAAAUCAAACUGGAGAUUAAUAUGCUAAAGAAAUAUUCUCAUCAUAGAAAUAUUGCAACUUAUUAUGGUGCUUUCAUUAAGAAAAGUCCUCCAGGACAUGAUGACCAACUGUGGCUUGUUAUGGAGUUUUGUGGAGCAGGCUCUAUCACAGACCUUGUGAAGAACACGAAAGGGAAUACUCUGAAAGAAGACUGGAUAGCAUAUAUCUCCAGAGAGAUUCUCCGGGGGUUGGCACAUCUUCAUGCCCAUCACGUGAUUCACAGGGAUAUCAAAGGGCAAAAUGUGCUGUUAACAGAGAACGCAGAAGUGAAACUUGUGGAUUUUGGUGUGAGUGCUCAGCUGGACAGAACAGUUGGCAGGAGAAACACUUUUAUUGGGACUCCGUACUGGAUGGCUCCAGAAGUUAUUGCCUGUGAUGAAAAUCCAGAUGCUACGUAUGAUUAUAGAAGUGACCUUUGGUCAUGCGGCAUUACAGCCAUAGAGAUGGCAGAAGGAGCUCCCCCACUUUGUGACAUGCAUCCCAUGAGAGCUCUCUUUCUGAUACCCAGGAACCCCCCACCACGGUUAAAAUCCAAGAAAUGGUCAAAAAAGUUUUUCAGCUUUAUAGAAGGUUGUCUAGUGAAGAAUUACAUGCAGCGACCUUCUACAGAACAACUGUUGAAACAUCCCUUUAUACGUGACCAACCAAAUGAAAGGCAAGUCCGAAUCCAGCUUAAGGACCAUAUAGACAGGACCAGAAAGAAGAGAGGAGAGAAAGAUGAGACGGAGUAUGAAUAUAGUGGAAGUGAGGAAGAAGAGGAGGAAGUGCCUGAACAAGAAGGAGAGCCAAGUUCCAUUGUCAAUGUGCCUGGAGAAUCAACCCUCCGACGUGAUUUCCUGAGACUGCAGCAGGAAAACAAGGAACGGUCUGAGGCCCUUCGGAGACAGCAACUGCUGCAGGAGCAGCAGCUCCGUGAACAGGAGGAGUACAAGAGGCAGCUGCUGGCAGAGAGGCAGAAGCGCAUCGAGCAGCAGAAGGAGCAAAGGAGGCGGCUAGAAGAGCAACAAAGAAGAGAAAGGGAAGCUCGGAGGCAACAAGAGCGUGAGCAAAGGCGGAGAGAACAGGAGGAAAAAAGACGUCUGGAAGAAAUGGAGAGGAGGCGUAAGGAGGAGGAAGAGAGAAGAAGAGCAGAGGAGGAAAAGAGGAGGGUAGAAAGGGAGCAGGAGUAUAUCAGGCGACAGCUAGAAGAGGAGCAGCGGCACUUGGAAAUUCUACAGCAGCAGCUGCUCCAGGAGCAGGCCAUGUUACUGGAAUACAGAUGGCGAGAGAUGGAGGAACACCGACAGGCAGAGCGACUCCAGCGCCAGUUGCAGCAGGAGCAAGCCUACCUCCUGUCGCUGCAGCACGAUCACAGGCGGCAGCAGCAGCAGCAGCAACAGCAGCAGCAGCAACAACAGCAGCAGCAGCAGCAAGAAAGAAAUAAACAAAGCUAUCAUACCCCUGAGCCAAAAUCCCACUAUGAGCCUGCUGAAAGAGCACGUGAGGUGGAAGAGAGAUUUAGAAAAACUAAUCAGGGCUCCCCUGAAGCACAGUCUAAACAGAUGGGCAAAGUGUUGGAGCCACCAGUGCCUUCAAGAUCAGAGUCCUUUUCCAAUGGAAACUCAGAACCUGCUCAGCCUGCCCUGCAGAGGCCAAUGGAGCCCCAGGUACAGUGGUCCCAUCUGGCAUCUCUCAAGAACAAUGUUUCCCCUGUCUCGCGAUCCCAUUCCUUCAGUGACCCUUCUCCCAAAUUUGCUCAUCACCAUCUUCGUUCCCAGGACCCAUAUCCACCUUCACGCAGUGAAGUGCUAAAUCAGAGUUCUGACUCUAAGUCGGAGGUACCUGACCCCACCCAAAAGGCUUGGGCUAGAUCAGACAGUGACGAGGUGCCUCCAAGGGUACCUGUGAGAACAACGUCCCGAUCACCAGUCCUGUCCCGCCGUGAUUCUCCACUGCAGGGCAGUGGGCAACAGAAUAACCAAGCAGGUCAAAGAAACUCCACGAGCAAUAUAGAGCCUCGUCUGCUGUGGGAAAGGGUGGAGAAGCUCGUACCAAGGCCAGGCAGUGGGAGUUCUUCGGGUUCAAGCAACUCUGGCUCACAGCCUGGCUCCCACCCCGGCUCUCAGAGUGGGUCUGGAGAGCGGUUCAGGAUGAGAUCAUCAUCCAAAUCAGAGGGUUCGCCGUCGCAGCGUCAUGAAAGUGCACCUAAAAAGCCUGAAGAGAAAAAGGAAGUCUUCAGACCUAUCAAGCCUGCUGGAGAAGUGGAUUUAACUGCAUUGGCAAAGGAAUUGCGAGCAGUGGAGGAUGUGCGACCUCCACAUAAAGUAACAGACUACUCCUCCUCAAGUGAGGAGUCAGGGACAACAGAUGAGGAAGAUGAUGAUAUGGAACAAGAAGGAGCAGAUGAAUCUACUUCUGGACCAGAUGAUGUCCGAGCAGUGUCAACGUUGAACUUGAGCAAUGGUGAAACAGAGUCAGUGAAAACCAUGAUUGUCCAUGAUGAUGUGGAGAGUGAACCUGCCUUGACUCCUUCGAAGGAGGGCACCUUAAUUGUUCGACAGAGUACAGUUGACAAAAAGCGUGCCAGCCAUCAUGAGAGCAAUGGCUUUGCCGGUCGCAUUCACCUCUUGCCAGAUCUCUUACAGCAAAGCCAUUCCUCCUCCACUUCCUCCACCUCCUCCUCCCCAUCCUCCAGCCAGCCGACACCCACCAUGUCCCCACAGACACCCCAGGACAAGCUAACUACUAAUGAGACUCAGUCCGCUAGUAACACACUCCAGAAACACAAAUCUUCCUCCUCCUUUACACCUUUUAUAGACCCCAGAUUACUACAGAUUUCUCCAUCUAGUGGGACAACUGUGACUUCUGUGGUAGGAUUUUCUAGUGAAGCAAUGAGAUCAGAAGCAAUAAGGCAAGACCCUACACGGAAAGGAUCAGUUGUCAAUGUGAAUCCCACGAAUACUCGGCCACAGAGUGAUACACCAGAGAUUCGCAAAUACAAGAAGAGAUUCAAUUCUGAGAUACUGUGUGCUGCCUUAUGGGGAGUGAACUUGUUAGUGGGCACUGAAAGCGGUCUGAUGCUCCUAGAUAGAAGUGGGCAGGGGAAGGUUUAUCCGCUCAUCAAUCGAAGACGAUUCCAGCAGAUGGAUGUACUUGAAGGCCUGAAUGUCUUGGUGACAAUUUCUGGUAAGAAGAACAAGUUGCGAGUUUACUAUUUGUCCUGGUUAAGAAAUAAAAUUCUUCACAACGACCCUGAAGUAGAAAAGAAACAGGGCUGGACAACGGUGGGCGACUUGGAAGGCUGUGUGCACUAUAAAGUUGUAAAAUAUGAAAGAAUCAAGUUCUUGGUAAUUGCAUUGAAGAGUUCUGUGGAAGUCUAUGCAUGGGCACCAAAGCCAUACCAUAAAUUUAUGGCCUUUAAGUCAUUUGGAGAACUGGUACAUAAGCCAUUGCUGGUGGAUCUAACCGUAGAAGAGGGUCAGAGACUAAAAGUGAUCUAUGGCUCCUGCGCUGGUUUCCAUGCCGUUGAUGUGGAUUCAGGAUCGGUCUAUGAUAUUUAUCUACCAACACAUAUCCAGAGUAGUAUCCAACCUCAUGCAAUCAUCAUUCUCCCAAACACGGAUGGGAUGGAGCUAUUGGUCUGCUACGAGGAUGAAGGAGUUUAUGUCAACACAUAUGGAAGGAUAACCAAGGAUGUGGUUCUGCAGUGGGGAGAAAUGCCAACUUCAGUUGCAUACAUCCGGUCUAACCAGAUCAUGGGCUGGGGAGAAAAAGCUAUAGAAAUACGAUCUGUGGAAACUGGACACUUGGAUGGCGUGUUCAUGCACAAAAGGGCACAAAGACUCAAAUUCUUGUGUGAACGCAAUGACAAGGUUUUCUUUGCCUCCGUACGGUCAGGUGGAAGUAGUCAAGUCUAUUUCAUGACCCUUGGCAGGACUUCUCUUCUGAGCUGGUAGAAGUGGUGGGAUUUGGAGAGGAAUUGCUGACAUCCAGAGCCUGAGAUCUUCAUAACUUGGAAUUAUUUUCAACUGGAGUACAGACCUGCACUAAUGCAGCACUCUGUGUAAAUGUGUGUGCAGGCAUCACUGGUGUUAGGUUUCUUUAUGUUUUUCAACUGAGGCUGCGAUGCAGCUGGUGCUGUAAAGAUAUUGCCAUCAGGUGCUACAAUGUCUUUGAGAUUCGGGAUCACACUAGAAAGCUACAGGUCUUCUUUCCCUUCAGCUCCAGGAUUCCUAGGCUUUGAAGGACUCAGAUUGUUAGUGUUAAAACACAGAAGGGGGGAAAAGAGAAGAAAAACAAACCAGGCUUACCAUGAACAUGCUGUUUGUUGAGUGGACAGGAGGCAGGCAAGAGAAGGUGACAAGUGGUGUAGAGAGUCAGACUGGCUGAAACAGAGGGCAGAUCUAGUCUAGUAAUGUUAACAAUGUAUUUAAUUGACAUUUCUUUUUUGUAAUGUGACAAUGUGGACAAAGAGGAAGGUGCAGGUUUUAAGAAGUUAAUAUUUAUAAAAUGUGAAAGACACAGUGACUAGGAUAACUUCUUCUUGGGGAACAGGGAGGGUGGGAAGGGACUCGGGGUGGAAUUCUUAGGAUUUUUUGUUUCUGCAGUUUUAUUUUGGCCUGGCCAAUAACUUUAGUCAUUUUCUGUGUACCAGGUGUUGCCUGAAACAUGUGCAGAUGAUUAAAAAAAAAAAAAAAGGAAAAAAAAAUUCAUUUUCUAUAAUGAUUCUGUGUUAGGCCAGAACUUGGUUAUGUCACAGUAUUAGCACUGCCUCAGUUAAAGGUUUAAUUUUUGUUUAAACCUAGAAGUGCAACAACAGUUUUACCACAGUCUGCACUCGCAGAACUAAAAAAAAAAAAAGAAAAAAAAAGGAAAAAAAAAGAAAAAAAGAGAGAAAUAAAAUCCAAACUACAUAUGUUUAUUUUUUGUGCCUACCUCAUUGUUUUUAAUGCAUAAAAUAAAAGAGGUGGUUUAGUUUAUACGUUUUUAGAAGAAAACCGUUAAUGUCUAAUUUAAUCUUAAUACCAAAACUACCAGAUUGAAAGGUUUCUGACUGUUAUUGCAUAGCAAGUUUCAGCAGGAGGAGAGAGUAGUCCGUUGGGGCAAUAGUGAUAGCGGUAUGGCAGUGAGACACUGAUUAGUGUAAUUCGCUUACAAAAUUUGGUGAAGCAAGCAUUUUUUAAACCAGUUUCAUCCUUAAUAGAACUCUGAAUUUAGCCUAAAACCAGAGAUUUCACUCUUCUAACAUGUGGGCUUAGUAACAGGCAGGUAAAAGUAACUAGGCUAGUUCUAUAAAUUGUUAAAUGUUGUAAGAAACAUUUUGGGGCGGUGAUGUUUUUCUUUUUUAAGAAUGCAAUGCACUAAAACUCUUUUAAGAAUGUAGUUAAUACUGCUUAUUCAUAAAAACAGCGUAUACCUGUGUUUAGAUGUAAGAUCCCAGCUCUGGCUUUUUUCUUUCUUUUUUUUUUUUAUUUUAAGUCAGUUUUAUUUUAUGAAUAAGUUCUGACAUUUGUAAUAAAUGUCUUGAGAGUAA